AUGUCCGAUUCCUUCAACCUCCCCCUCCGUCCGCUCAUCGACAAACGCGACCGUCCGGAUUCCUUGCCCGUUGAGAUCGCCCAGAUCAACGCUCAGUAUGGAUCUUUCCGUGACGUGAACGAAGCAAGCCUUCGUGCCAAAAUCCAGGAAGAGAAGGAAAAGGACGGCGUGCUGGACGAAGAUGAAGACGACAAAUCGACGGCUGAUUUGGACACAACAGAGCGACAGGAGCUGCUGUACAAGCGCCGUGCGGAGAUCACCCAGUUCGCUCUUCAAGCUCAUAUGGAAACGAUGUUUGCGCUCGAUUUUGUGUCUCUGUUGAUUUCGAAAAAUGCCCCCCGUCAAGCGGAAACCUCCAUGUCUGCCUACCUGAAGAGCGUCGCGCCCCUCGGCUCGUUGAACGCAGAGGUCGUUAACCCUCCACCGAAACCAGAGUCAAGUGAAGGAGAUACCAAGACAGUGUCGCGUGGGUGGAGACUGCAGAACUUUGAUGCUGCUGCUAACAAGUUGCUCAACUCCGCUACAAGACUGGAAGCCGAGGUUGCGUCCGAGACUAGAUACUGGAACGAAGUGCUGGCAGUGAAGGACAAGGGCUGGAAGGUAUGCAGAUUGCCGCGGGAACAACAGUCACUGGGUGUUCAAUACGGCUUCUUAGAAGCUACGCCUCUUUUCCGUGACCGAGGUCUUGCAUCUCUACGACGAGCGGACGAUGGAAGCUUGAUACUGGACAAGGGUCUGAUUCCACCCAAGGCGCGAACUGUACGUGUGCGUGUGAAGGAGAGCGGCCGAUUUACCGGGUGCUCAAAGCUGCAAAACCCAGUAUUGAACGGCGAGGAUUCAAUCGAGAGUCGCAUCUUACAGGCGCGUGACACAGUCUACGAGGAGGAGUUGUUCCACGAGCUGGUCCGAGAGGCAAGAGUCAUCGCCAAGCAGGGGGUCACGACGCGGCAGAAUCUGAUUCAGUUCGCUGUGUCCGAUGAACAGGAGAUCAUGCUGGACUUGGUGGAUGUGAACCAAGAUUCUGCAAAUGAUGAACAGGAAUCUCACGAGCAAGAUGUGCUUGCGGAUGCACUUGCAUACUCAAUCCGCAUUCUUCUCGCUUACGCGCAUCGUCAGAAUCUGCGUCGAAGGACGCAGGUUCCUCCACCGUUGACACCUGUGCGACGACAUGCUCUCGAAUACCAGCUACUACGGCCGAUAAUGGCAUACCUCCAACACAGCUCGCAGGUACGAUGGCUUGAGUCAUUUGUGAAGGAUAUAUACCGUGUGUUGAAAUCCGCCGGGAUCACCUGUGAUUAUACAUCCAGCCUAUUUUCUUCCGUGAAUCUUGCACGAAAGAAGGGACUUCCUCAAGUUGAAGCUCUGGUCGAAGGAUUUUUGGUACCGUUAGAGUCAACGCUUUCAGCCAAUUUGGUCACACCCCAAAGCUCUUUCAACGUGAAAAUCCGUACCAAUCUUUCGCCCCCGGCAUCUGGGACCCAGUUCGAUGUGUCUGUUAACCUGCCACGGCAUCCGGAUACCCAACCCCCGGCACGCAUUGGCUUAAGGGACGAAGCGGCCGCAGUCAUUACACACUUUGUCAUGCUGGAUGUUGUUUCCGCCAUCUCGUCAUCGCACCCGAAGCCAUCGCCAGGUGCAGGUGAAUCAGCGACAUGGGAGGCGGCAUAUCCACAUCACGGUGAAUUGUUGACGCUUUCACCCAAGACAGGAAAACAGAAGAAGAUGAAGGUGAUGCUGUCCCGGCAUGAGAUGACCAUUCAGGUGUAUGAAAUGCGCGGGAUUGAAAGGCUCGGUCGAUCAGCUACAGACAAAGAACCGUCUCUACAGUCGCGCACAUGGAAGUCGGAUCCUGUAGUCCCUGCGCAGUCCAGUUUGAUGGAUUUUGUUGCCGAGGUGUCCAAGGAGUGA